AUGUUAGGGCUCGAAUCUCUUGAAUUUUGGGAUACCCCGAAGACCUUUUUCCAGUACAUCUCAGGACUUCCUAAAAUAAUAGGCAGACAGCUGAAAUUUCUUUCCUUACUAUCUGUCACGUGGUUUCCAUCCUUCGUUCAAUGGCCAGAUGUCUCCGUUCUUGUCUUCACAACGCUACGCACGUUGCAGGUAGGGAAUCUGACCCUAAGUCCGCGUCCAGGAUGCGCGCACGUUUACCUAUGGGUGUACUCUAUUCUAUCGAACAUUCGGGCGCCUGAGCUCAAACGGAUUGAGCUUCACGUUGGAUCCAUGGAUGAUAUUGGAGAUUACAACAACUACAACAUGGUAGACUGGGAGGAGAUUGAUCGGAGUCUUGCUCGUUUAGCGCGUGAUUGUGCUGCGAGACUGGUCGUCAGUAUUCAUGUCGGCUUUCAGAGUGUUUGGACAAAUUGGGAGGAGACGAAGGUCGCGAUAUCAGAACAACUGCCAACAUUUCGUUCUGGAGCAGGAGCUUUGGAGUUUGUUAAGGGCGUUCGUUCGGACCUCUCUACAGUGAGCAACUUUGCUUCGGAGUCGGAUUUUGGUAUCAUUUGGGACACGGAGAUGGAGGAAGAUUACGAGGACGAUUAG